AUGUUUGUACGUCAGCAUAUUUUGUCUCCUUUUCUUUGCGAUUUGUUUCAAAGAAGACUUGGUUUGGUAUACGUUAGGCGAACAAGUCACACAGUCAGCGGCUUCACUUAUCCACUAGUAAAUACAUUGGACAAAUGGUUAGUGUUUGACUGCAUCUAUCUAUCUAUCUAUCUAUCUAUCUAUCCCUGUCUCUUCAUAUGCACAUCUAUCUAUCUAUCUAUCUAUCUAUAUAUCUAUCUCUGUCUCUUCAUAUGCACAUCUAUCUAUCUAUCUAUCUAUCUAUCUAUCUAUCCCAGUCUGUUAAUAUGCAUACCUACGCACAUACGUACGGACCUACCUACCUCUAUCUAUCUAUCUAUCUAUCUAUCUAUCUCAGUCUAUUCAUAUGCAUACCUACGCACGGACCUACCUACCUAUGUACCUCUCUCUGUCUCUGUCUAUAUAUCCAUCUUUCUUUCAAUCUAUCUAUCUAUCUAUCUAUCUAUCUAUCUAUCUCCAGUCUGUUCAUAUGCAUACAUAGCUAACUACCUGCCUAUCUAUCUAUCUAUCUAUCUAUCUAUCUAUCUAUCUCACUCAAUUCAAACUGUUCUAUCUAUCUAUCUAUCUCGGUCUGUUCUAUCUAUCGAUCUAUCUCGGUCUGUUCUAUCUAUCUAUCUAUCUCGGUCUGUUCUAUCUAUCUAUCUAUCGGUCUGUUCUAUCUAUCUAUCUAUCUAUCUCGGUCUGUUCUAUCUAUCUAUCUAUCUAUCUCGGUCUGUUCUAUCUAUCUAUCUAUCUAUCUAUCUCGGUCUGUUGUUUCUUUCUAUCUAUCUAUCUCGGUCUGUUGUUUCUUUCUAUCUAUCUAUCUCGGUCUGUUGUUUCUUUCUAUCUAUCUAUCUCGGUCUGUUGUUUCUUUCUAUCUAUCUAUCUCGGUCUGUUGUUUCUUUCUCAUCUAUCUAUCGGUCUGUUGUUUCUUUCUAUCUAUCUAUCUCGGUCUGUUGUUUCUUUCUAUCUAUCUAUCUCGGUCUGUUGUUUUCUAUCUAUCUAUCUCGGUCUGUUGUUUUUUCUAUCUAUCUAUCUCGGUCUGUUGUUUCUUAUCAUCUAUCUAUCUCGGUCUGUUGUUUCUUUCUAUCUAUCUAUCUCGGUCUAUCUAUCUCGGUCUGUUGUUUCGGUAUCUAUCUAUCCGGUCGGUCUGUUGUUUCUUUCUAUCUAUCUAUCUCGGUCUGUUGUUUCUUUAUCUAUCUAUCUCGGUCUGUUGUUUCUAUCUAUCUAUCUCGGUCUGUUGUUUCUUUCAUUCAUCUAUCUCGGUCUGUUGUUUCUUCUAUCUAUCUAUCUCGGUCUGUUGUUUCUUUCAUCUAUCUAUCUCGGUCUGUUGUUUCUUUCAUCUAUCUAUCUCGGUCUGUUUCUUUUCUAUCUAUCUAUCUCGGUCUGUUGUUUCUUUCUAUCUAUCUAUCUCGGUCUGUUGUUUCUUUCUAUCUAUCUAUCUCGGUCUGUUGUUUCUUUUUCUAUCUAUCUAUCUCGGUCUGUUGUUUUUCUAUUCAUCUAUCUCGGUCUGUUGUUUCUUUCUAUCUAUCUAUCUCGGUCUGUUGUUUCUUUUUCUAUCUAUCUAUCUCGGUCUGUUGUUUCUUUCUAUCUAUCUAUCUCGGUCUGUUGUUUCUUUCUAUCUAUAUCUAUCUCGGUCUGUUGUUUCUUUCUCAUCUAUCUAUCUCGGUCUGUUGUUUCUAUCUAUCUAUCUCGGUCUGUUGUUUCUUUCUAUCUAUCUAUCUCGGUCUGUUGUUUCUUUUAUCUAUCUAUCUGGUCUGGUUUCUUUCUAUCUAUCUAUCUCGGUCUGUUGUUUCUUUCUAUCUAUCUAUCUCGGUCUGUUGUUUCUUUCUAUCUAUCUAUCUCGGUCUGUUGUUUUUUUAUCUAUCUAUCUCGGUCUGUUGUUUCUUUAUCAUCUAUCUCGGUCUGUUGUUUCUUUCUAUCUAUCUAUCUCGGUCUGUUGUUUCUUUCUAUCUAUCUAUCGGUCUGUUGUUUCUUUCAUCUAUCUAUCUCGGUCUGUUGUUUCUUUCUAUCUAUCUAUCUCGGUCUGUUGUUUCUUUCUAUCUAUCUAUCUCGGUCUGUUGUUUUUUCUAUCUAUCUAUCUCGGUCUGUUGUUUCUUCUUUCUAUCUAUCUAUCUCGGUCUGUUGUUUCUUUCUUUCAUAUCUCGGUCUGUUGUUCUAUCUAUCUAUCUCGGUCUGUUGUUUCUUUCUAUCUAUCUAUCUCGGUCUGUUGUUUCUUUCAUCUAUCUAUCUCGGUCUGUUGUUUCUUUCAUCAUCUAUCUCGGUCUGUUGUUUCUUUCAUUCAUCUAUAUCUCGGUCUGUUGUUUCUUUCUAUCUAUCUAUCUCGGUCUGUUGUUUCUUUCUAUCUAUCUAUCUCGGUCUGUUGUUUCUUUCAUCUAUCUAUCUCGGUCUGUUGUUUCUUUUUAUCUAUCUAUCUCUAUCUGUUGUUUGUUCAUAUCUAUCUAUCUAUCUAUCUAUCUAUAUCUCUGUUGUUUUCUUUCAUUAUCUAUCUCGGUCUGUUGUUUCUUUAUCUAUCUAUCUCGGUCUGUUGUUUCUUUUCUAUCUAUCUAUCUCGGUCUGUUUUCUAUCUAUCUAUCUCGGUCUGUUGUUUCUUUCAUCUAUCUAUCUCGGUCUGUUGUUUCUUUCUAUCUAUCUAUCUCGGUCUGUUGUUUCUUUCAUCUAUCUAUCUCGGUCUGUUGUUUCUUUCUAUCUAUCUAUCUCGGUCUGUUGUUUCUUUCUCAUCUAUCUAUCUCUAUCUCGGUCUGUUGUUUCUUCUAUCUAUCUAUCUCGGUCUGUUGUUUCUUUCAUCUAUCUAUCUCGGUCUGUUGUUUCUUUCUAUCUAUCUAUCUCGGUCUGUUGUUUCUUUCUAUCUAUCUAUCUCGGUCUGUUGUUUCUUUCUAUCUAUCUCGGUCUGUUGUUUUUUCAUAUCUAUCUAUCUCGGUCUGUUGUUUCUUUCUAUCUAUCUAUCUCGGUCUGUUGUUUCUUUCUAUCUAUCUAUCUCGGUCUGUUGUUUCUUUCUAUCUAUCUAUCUCGGUCUGUUGUUUCUUUCUAUCUAUCUAUCUCGGUCUGUUGUUUCUUUCUAUCUAUCUAUCUCGGUCUGUUUUUUUCUAUCUAUCUAUCUAUCUAUCUAUCUAUCUAUCUCGGUCUGUUGUUUCUUUCUAUCUAUCUAUCUAUCUCGGUCUGUUGUUUCUUUCUAUCUAUCUAUCUAUCUCGGUCUGUUGUUUCUUUCUAUCUAUCUAUCUAUCUCGGUCUGUUGUUUCUUUCUAUCUAUCUAUCUAUCUAUCUAUCUAUAUAUAUAUAGGUAUGUUCUAUCUAUCUAUCUAUCUAUCUAAUCUCUUAUCUAUUUCAAUCCUUUAA